GGGGGCGUGGCCGUAGAGGGGGCGUGGUUGAAGGAUGGAGGCGGGUCCUGGGGCUGUCAGUCGGCGCCCGCCGCCGCCGCUGCUCGCACGCCGGGCCUCGGAAGCCACCUCAGCCGAGCGCGCAGGUGUUUAUGAAAAAAAAUGCACUAUAUCCCGACUGACCGGAAUAAUUGAAGAAGGGUGCUGGAUCCGUGGGUCAGAGAACACACAGGACCAGCUUGCUACCCCAAGGCUGAAGGUCUCCCUCUGACAGCCUUGACGCUCUUGAGAAUCUCUGGCCUGCCUUGACCAUGACAUCCCAGCAAGCUCCUGAUAGGAGCAGAGGCACAAACCAAGCUGCCUUGAAGUAGCUCAUGGGAGACUCUCGAGAGCCACUGACCAGGCACACUGUCCCUCCCUCAGGAAGGAGCAGUGCGUAAGCAGAGGCAUCGCAGCAGGAGUGGACAUGAACGCUGGCUUCCAGAGAGAGCAGCGGUUCAGUUUUGGUCACCGGAAGUGGUGCCUGCAGCGCAGAAGACCGUGAUUUCUCCUCCGAGGUGUUAAUCUCCAGUGCAGAAUUCAAAGCAGAAGAGGGCCACUCCAGCAUCCAUCGUGGCAUCUCUCCAGCCCGGACUAGGCAUGACAGACCCAUGGAAACAGGUGUCUCUGCCCUCCAGCUGUUCAUAUAGCACACAGGGGACUCGUGGGGGCCACUCGUCACUCAAAUCCACUCAAUGGCAAUACUGACAUCUUCCAUGCUGUUUUCAAGACAGACGUUCAGGCAGAAAAAUGCCAGUGUGCUUUCUGUCUGCAGAGUAGAGGGCUAUGCCACACCAAAAUGAACAGUGUGGGCCCCGGGACCUGCUCUGAGUCCACUUGCAGCCACUGACACUUGAGGGGAUAAAAAGCCCAGCCCCAAAGCCACCGUGGGGUUGGCUUCCACAGCUCUUGACCAAUGUGGCCAAAGCUAGACACUUCAGGACACUUGGAUUAUUCAUAAAUGCGACCUACCCCAAACUCCCUGAGUAGCAUCUGAAGUCUUGUAAAGGUCAUGGAUCCUGACCAAAGCAUCAAGGGCACCAAGAAGGCUGAUGGAAGUCCCCGGAAGCGGCUGACCAAAGGAGAGGCCAUUCAGACUAGUGUUUCUUCCAGCACUCCAUACCCAGGCAGCAGCACUACUGCUUCCUCAGAGGGUGCCAGCCAGGAGCUCCUAGCCCCGCAGCCUUUCUCAGGCCCCUCAGUGGCUCUUAGGGAAGGCGCUCAGGAGAAAACGGGUCAGCAGCAGAAGCCUCCCCGGAGGCCAUCCAUCGAGGCCUCAGCCCACAUCCCGAAGCUUCCGCAGCACCCUCUGACACCAGCAUUCAUGUCCCCUAGCAAACCAGAGCAUCUCCUCGAGGGGUCCACGUGGCAGCUGGUCGACCCCACAAGACCUGGACCCUCAGGCUCCUUUGUGGCCCCGGGGCUGCAUCCACAGAGCCAGCUCCUCCCAUCCCAUGCUUCUAUCCUUCCUCCUGAGGACCUGCCUGGCAUCCCUAAGGUCUUUGUGCCUCGUCCCUCACAGGUCUCCCUGAAGCCCACAGAAGAGGCACACAAAAAAGAGAGGAAACCGCAGAAGCCGGGCAAGUAUAUAUGUCAGUACUGCAGCCGGCCCUGCGCCAAGCCCAGUGUGCUCCAGAAACACAUUCGCUCACACACAGGUGAGAGGCCCUACCCCUGUGGCCCCUGUGGCUUCUCCUUCAAGACCAAAAGUAACCUCUACAAGCACAGGAAGUCCCAUGCCCACCGAAUCAAAGCUGGCCUGGCCUCUGGCUCCAGCAGUGAGAUGUACCCCCCUGGGCUGGAGAUGGAGAGGAUCCCUGGGGAAGAGUUUGAGGAACCCACUGAGGGAGAAAGCACGGACUCUGAGGAGGAAACUGGUGCCACGUCAGGUCCCUCCACAGAUGUUCUCCCCAAAUCUAAGCACCCCCUGCUCUCAAGUAGUUUGUACAGCUCUGGGAGCCAUGGUUCCAGCCAGGAACGCUGCUCCCAGUCAAGCACUGCACCAUCGCUGGAAGACCCCACCCCAUUUGCAGAAGCCUCAUCGGAACAUCCCCUGAGCCAUAAACUGGAAGACACACACACCAUCAAGCAGAAGCUGGCCCUCCGCCUGAGUGAGAGGAAGAAGCUGAUCGAGGAGCAGACAUUUCUGAGCCCAGGGAGCAAAGGCAGCACGGAGUCUGGUUAUUUCUCACGCUCUGAGAGCGCUGAACAGCAGGUCAGCCCCCCCAACACCAAUGCCAAGUCCUACGCAGAGAUCAUCUUCGGCAAGUGUGGACGGAUUGGGCAGCGGACCUCCAUGCUGGCAUCCACCUCCACCCAGCCCCUACUGCCUCUGUCUGCUGAAGACAAGCCCAGCCUGGUGCCUUUGUCUGUGCCCAGGACACAGGUGAUUGAACACAUCACCAAGCUCAUCACCAUCAAUGAGGCUGUGGUGGAUACCAGUGAGAUCGACAGCGUGAAGCCCAGGAGGAGUUCCCUAACCAGGCGCAGCAGCGUGGAGUCCCCAAAAUCCAGCCUGUACCGGGAGUCACUAUCGUCCCACGGGGAGAAGACAAAACAGGAACAGUCACUGCUGAGCCUCCAGCACCCACCCAGCUCCACGCACCCCGUGCCUCUGCUGAGAAGCCACUCAAUGCCUUCUGCUGCCUGCACCAUCAGCACCCACCACCACACCUUCCGCGGUAGCUACUCCUUUGAUGACCACAUUGCUGACCCCGAGGUCCCCAGCCGCAGCACUCCCGUGUUUACCUCCCACCCACGGAUGCUAAAGCGCCAGCCAGCCAUUGAAUUACCUUUGGGAGCUGAGUACAGUUCCGAGGAACCUGGACCAAGCAGCAAAGACCCCAUCACCAAGCCGUCCGAUGAACCAGAACCCAAGGAAAGCGACCUUACCAAAAAGACCAAGAAGGGGUUGAAAACGAAAGGCGUGAACUAUGAAUGUACCAUCUGCGGUGCUCGGUACAAAAAGAGAGAUAAUUAUGAAGCUCAUAAGAAGUACUACUGCUCUGAGCUCCAGAUCACUAAAGCCCACCCUGCAGGUGCUCAUGAAGUGGAAAAGACUCAGGCUGAGCCUGAGCCUUGGUCCCAGAUGAUGCAUUAUAAACUGGGGGCCACAUUGGAACUCACCCCACUGAGAAAAAGACGAAAGGAAAAGAGCCUUGGGGAUGAGGAAGAGCCGCCUGGCUUCAGCAGCCCUGGCCCAUCAGACGCAGCCCAUAACCUUCCCCUGGAGUCUACCAAGUCACCAGCAGAAGCAAGCAAAUCAGUACCCACUUUAGAGGGACCCACGAGCUUCCAGCCCAGGACUCCCAAGCCAGGAUCUGGGUCAGAACCAGGGAAGGAGAGGAGAACGAUGUCCAAAGAAAUUUCCGUCAUCCAGCACACCAGCUCCUUUGAGAAGUCUGACCCACCAGAGCAGCCAGGCAGCCUGGAAGAAGACAAGCCCCUGGCCCCGUUCUCAUCCCCGCCACCUGCCCCGCACGGACGCUCCGCUCACUCUCUGCAGCCGAGGCUGGUCCGCCAGCCCAACAUUCAGGUUCCAGAGAUCCUUGUGACCGAAGAACCAGACAGGCCCGACACAGAGCCUGAGCCACCCCCAAAGGAGCCUGAGAAGACAGAAGAGUUCCAGUGGCCCCAGCGCAGCCAGACACUGGCACAGCUCCCAGCAGAGAAGCUGCCACCCAAGAAAAAGAGACUACGCCUGGCUGAGAUGGCGCAGUCCUCAGGGGAGUCCAGCUUUGAGUCCUCCGUGCCUCUGUCUCGAAGCCCAAGCCAGGAGAGCAGCAUUUCUCUAAGUGGCUCCAGCCGCUCAGCUUCAUUUGACAGGGAAGACCAUGGAAAAGCUGAGACCCCCGGACCCCUAUCAGACACACGCUCCAAAACCUUGGGCACCCACAUGCUGACUGUCCCCAGCCACCACCCACAUGCCCGAGAGAUGAGAAGGUCAGCCUCAGAGCAGAGCCCCAAUGUGCCCCAUUCCUCACACAUGACUGAGACCCGAAGCAAAUCCUUUGACUACGGCAGCUUGUCCCCAACAGGACCAUCUGUAGCAGUGCCUGCAGCUCCUCCACCCCCAGCCGCCCCACCAGAAAGAAGAAAAUGCUUUCUGGUAAGACAGGCCUCCCUGAGCAGACCUCCAGAAGCAGAGCUGGAAGCCACCCCCAAAGGAAAACAAGAGAGCAGUGAGGAACCCUCAGCCAGCAAGCCUUCCACAAAAAGUUCCAUGGCCCAGAUCUCUGUGGCCACUAUACAAGGUGGGCUCUCGGGAAGCAAGAGCCAGAUGCAGGACAGACCUCCACUGGGGUCCAGCCCACCCUACACAGAAGCUCUGCAGGUGUUCCAACCUCUUGGCACCCAACUGCCCCCUCCAGUCUCCCUCUUCUCCUUGCAACAGCUCUUGCCCCAGGAGCAAGAACAGUCCUCUGAGUUCUUCCCCACGCAGGCAAUGGCUGGCCUCCUCUCCUCCCCAUAUUCUGUGCCCCCACUCCCACCUUCAUUGUUCCAAGCCCCACCACUUCCUCUACAGCCUACUGUGCUACACCCCAGCCAGCUCCAUCUCCCCCAGCUCUUGCCCCAUGCUGCAGAUAUCCCCUUCCAACAGCCCCCUUCCUUUCUCCCCAUGCCAUGCCCUGCCCCCUCAACCCUCUCUGGAUAUUUUCUCCCUCUGCAAUCCCAGUUUGCACUGCAACUCCCUGGUGAAAUAGAAAGCCACUUGCCCUCAAUCAAAACCAGCCUGCCCCCUCUGGCAACAGGACCUCCUGGCCCCUCCAGUAGCACAGAAUAUAGUAGUGACAUCCAACUGCCGCCUGUGACUCCCCAAGCCACCUCCCCAGCUCCUACAUCAGCCUCACCACUGGCCCUGCCUGCCUGUCCAGAUGCUAUGGUGUCACUGGUUGUUCCUGUCCGCAUCCAAACCCACAUGCCAUCCUAUGGGAGUGCCAUGUAUACCACUUUGUCUCAGAUCUUGGUCACACAGUCUCCAGGUAGCUCAACAAGCAUGGCUCUUACCAAGUAUGAGGAACCCUCCUCCAAAAGCAUGACUGUUUGUGGGGCUGAUGUAUAUGAGGCUGAGCCUGGGCCAUCUAGCAUAAGCAAAGAACAAAGCAGAGGUUUUCAGACACCAUAUCUGAGAGUACCUGAAAGGAAAGGCACUGCACUGUCUUCUGAGGGCAUCCUCAGCCUGGAGGGGUGCUCAUCCACAGCCAGUGGAAGCAAGCGUGUCCUUUCCCCAGCUGGCAGUCUUGAACUUACCAUGGAAACCCAGCAGCAAAAACGGGUAAAGGAAGAGGAAGCUUCCAAGGCAGAUGAAAAACUGGAGCUUGUGAGUACCUGUAAUGUUGUGCUAACCAGUACAGAGGACAGGAAGAAGACAGAGAAACCCCAUGUGGGAAGCCAAGGCCGAAGCAGGAGGGAGACAGAAACACUGUCCUGCUUGUCUUCAGAUGUAUCUGACCCAAAAGAACUUUCUCCCCUCUCUCAGUCCACAUUGUCCCAUGGGACAGCCCCAGGCUCAGAAGCUUUGAAAGAAUAUGCCCAACCAUCUAGCAAAGCUCACCGAAGAUGUCUGCCUCCACUGAGUGUAAAGAAAGAAGAUCCAAAGGAACAGACUGACCUCCCUCCCCUAGCACCUCCUAGUUCUCUGCCUCUGUCAGAUACUUCCCCUAGACCAGCCAAAUUGCAAGAAGGUACAGACUCAAAGAAGGUACUGCAGUUCCCCAGCCUCCACACGACCACUAAUGUCAGUUGGUGCUAUUUAAACUACAUUAAGCCAAAUCACAUCCAGCAUGCAGAUAGGAGGUCCUCUGUUUACGCUGGUUGGUGCAUAAGUUUGUACAACCCCAACCUUCCAGGGGUUUCCACUAAAGCUGCUUUGUCCCUCCUGAGAUCUAAGCAGAAGGUGAGCAAAGAGACAUAUACCAUGGCCACAGCUCCACAUCCUGAGGCAGGAAGGCUGGUUCCAUCCAACUCCCGAAAGCCCCGCAUGACAGAGGUGCACCUCCCGUCGAUGGUUUCCCUGGAGAGCCAGAAAGACCCAGCUAGAGUGGAGAAGGAAGAAAAGGCAGAGGAAGGUACUCCAACUUCCAAGAGAGGCGAGCCGACGAGGGUCAAGAUCUUCGAAGGAGGGUACAAAUCAAACGAGGAGUAUAUAUAUGUGCGAGGCCGCGGCCGAGGGAAGUAUGUCUGUGAGGAGUGUGGAAUUCGCUGCAAGAAACCCAGCAUGCUGAAGAAACACAUCCGCACCCACACUGACGUCCGACCCUAUGUGUGCAGGCACUGUCACUUUGCUUUUAAAACCAAAGGGAAUCUGACUAAGCACAUGAAGUCGAAAGCCCACAGCAAAAAGUGCCAAGAGACGGGGGUGCUGGAGGAGCUGGAAGCCGAAGAAGGAACCAGUGACGACCUACUCCAGGACUCAGAGGGGCGAGAGGGCUCCGAAGCUGUGGAGGAGCACCAGUUUUCAGACCUGGAGGACUCUGACUCAGACUCAGACCUGGAUGAAGAUGAAGAGGAGGAGGAGGAGGAGGAAGAGGAGAGCCAGGAUGAGCUGUCCAGGCCAUCCUCAGAGGCAGCUCCACUCUGCCUGCCAGCCACACUACAGGAGGACUCCUCCCUGAUUCGGGGCCCUCAGCCUCCAGAUGCCACUUCAGACGCGGCCCCACGAGGCAGCUCCAUCUCAGAAGCCACGCGUCUGACAGCCAGCAGCUGUUCCACACCCAGCCAGGGUACCCAAGGCCUUCCUCGGCUGGGACUGGCCCCACUGGAGAAAGGCACGAGCUCAGCCCUGAGUCCCAAGGCCACAUCCCCUAGGAGGCCGUGGUCCCCAAGCAAAGAAGCAGGCAGCCGCCCCUCACUCACUCGCAAACAUUCACUCACCAAAACCGACUCAUCUCCCCAGCGAUGUUCACCGGCCCGAGCUCAGGCCUCAGUCGCGAGCACACCUGGUCCCCAGACGGGCCCAGGAAGGGACCUAAGUCCUCACCUUUGUGGGUCUCCGAGACCAGAGUUGUCCUGUCUGACUCCCUACCCCAUAGGAAGAGAGGUGCCCGCUGGACUUGAGAGUGCCACAGUCACAGGCACCCCCAGAUGUUCACCCACCAGGAGACGGUCCCUGGGUCGGGCCGAGUCAUCGCCGCCGCACACAGUGCUGCCGGGGACGUGGGCCCUAGGUGGGCCCUGCAGCCCCUCAGUGGACAAGUAUGGCCUGGGCUUGGGGCCGGUUCCACGGGCUCUCCUCCAGCCCGUGCCUCUACCUCACACACUUCUCAGCAGAAGCCCGGAAACGUGCGCCUCUGCAUGGAAGACUGAAUCCCGAAGUCCAUCAGCUGGUCCUGCUCCUCUCUCUUCCCGACCAUCCUCUGCCCCUCAUGACUUCCACGGCCACCUCCCUAGCCGAAGUGAGGAGAACCUCUUCAGCCACCUGCCUCUGCAUUCCCAGCACCUGAAUCGCACCCCCUGCCCCCUCAUUCCCAUCGGUGGGAUCCAAAUGGUACAGGCCCGACCAGGAGCCCACCCCACCCUGCUGUCAGGACCCUGUGCAGCCUGGGUCAGUGGCUUCUCAGGGGGUGGCAGUGACCUAACUGGGGCCCGAGAGGCCCAGGAGCGCAGCCGCUGGAGUCCCACGGAGAGCCCUUCAGCAUCAGUGUCCCCUGUGGCCAAGGUCUCCAAGUUUACACUCUCUUCAGAGCUGGAGGAGGAAAGGACCAGCCGAGGCCCAGGAAGACCUCCUGCCUGGGAACCUCACAGGGCUGAAGCCCCUGCAGAAACCAUGGGCACACACAGCCCCUGCCCCCCACAGCUGCCCCAAGGGCACCCGCUGGCACCAUCCUGGAGGGGCCUCCUGGAAUCACCACACGCACUGGCCAACCUAAAGGCCUCAAGCUUCCCGCCACUGGACCGCAGCAGCUCCAUGGACUGCCUGGCAGAGACCUCCACUUGCUUUCCACCCCGGAGCAGGAACCUCUCUGGAGAACCCAGGACCCGCCCAGACUCCCCUGAGCUCUUAGGUAGUGGGGAGCUCAGGACACCUCUAUUCCUGUCCAAGGAUAGCGGCCCCCCAAGCAUCUAAGCCUCUGCAGUACUUCAGCACUGGCCUCAGUGUUCGGCAGCAGACACUUCCUGCCAACCGCCUGGAGUCAUACUGCUCCCGCGGGCAUCCUCUCCCAUCUGUCCAUCUGUCCAUCUGUCCAUGCAGCUUCUGCUCAGCCCCGUCUGUUCUAUUUUUCCACAUAUGCAGUUACCUGUGCCUUUUUCUAGACCUUUUGUUGCUUGAAAAAAAAAUCACACACAUCCAUAAACGAAACGAAACAAACACAUCCACGAGGAGCUCUAGGCUGUGAGUAGUUUGUGCUCUGGGGACAAGGCUGGAGGAGGGACUCUCCACCUCCACCACCACAUGCCGUACUGGCAGCCGUCCCCACCUCAAGGUCCCUGAGAGAGAGGGUCUAUUGCACUGAGAGAGAAGAAAGGGGGAGAAAAAUAUAAUUAAAUUCAAAGGCAAGCACUCCUACAGACAGAUUCCCAAGAUCCCCACUCAUAACACAUACGGUUCAUAGCCACCCCGCUCUGCCAUCAGAGGAACCAGAACCCCAAAGCAGGACACAAAUACAGGCAGGAACCAACCCGCUACUCCCCACCCUACCUAGCUAAGAACAUUAUCUUUUAUCCUAUGUAGUGUGAACCAAGCUCUCACCUUCUCCCUUCCUUACUCCACCUCCGCCCAGGGCUUGCCCAUCUGUCUCCUUUCUCCUACACACUGUAGGUCUCUGCCUCCUGGGCCUGGCCACACGCUGGCUCCUUUAUGUUCAGAAAUACCCACAGGAUGGAGGGGCCAAGGCAGGACUAGGGAUGGUCCUAGUCUGGACCUGUUCUGAGCCUGGAGUUUGGAUUCUGUUUCACCUGUGGCCCUGAGACAGCACAUCACACUUCCUUCCUGGCAGGAUUGACGUGUGUGUGUGUGUGUGUGUGUGUGUGUGUGUGUGUGUGUGUGUGUGUGUGUAUACACACAGAGAGAAACCAAAGAUGGUGCUUGGUACUUUCUCUGGCCUCCUCAGAUCCUCUGCUCUUAACUUAGAGGAUUGGUAAAUUGUCCCAAACCCUUUAAAUUUUUCUCCAGUUCCCAAGGAAAAAAAAAACACAACAAAACAAACAAAAAAACAAACAAACAAAAAAAUCCCUGCUUAAAAAAAAUGAAAUAUAACCAAAAAUUUAAAUCCCAAGUUGAAAUUUGGAACUUGACCUGUUGCAUGCUUAAAAAAAAAAAAGCAAGCCCUCUGAGGCACAGGCUCUAUGGCUACCAUUUCUAAGACCUUCCGGAAAUGUUUCUUUACCUUCUCCAAGGAAGAAAGAGAGGGGAAAGGACCAUUGUGAGGAGGCCCCUCCUAUAGCCUUGUUCCCAAAUCACAAAGCCUGUUCUGGCCAUGCUGGAUACUGUUGUCACGCUGUACAAAGCAGGGCCUGUCCCUGGGCAUCAGGCUGGGUGUGUGGCUGAAGGCUCAUGGGGAGCUGAGCUGCAGGGCUAUGGACUCCCUGUACUAGGCCACCCCUAGUUCCUGUCAUGCCUGGUCCUUGCUGGAUGGGCAAAUCAGCCACAGGCCCAGUGCCCAGCGCAGUCUCCUGGUUUCUUCUUUGUCUGACUCAACGCUUAAGACAUAAGCAUUAGGAGGACUGGGGCCUUCCCUGCUGUAUGCUCAGCUGCACGGUGGCAUGGGUAGCAGACUGGGGGCCUCCAGAUACCUGCCUUGCUGCAAGUCUCCUGCCCACCUGGGAGAAGCUGUCAGGAACAGGGCUGGGGCACUGGAAGGAAGAGGGUAGAAGCCCAACCUAGAGGCCACAGCUUCUCUCCCUUCUGCCUCUCAGCCCUACCCCACCGGCCCCACUGAUGCUAAAGGCUGAGUUGGACAAAAAAAAAAAAAAAAAACAUCGUCUCAAACUGAACUUUAUGGCUUUCCAGGCAAGAGCUUCUGGCCAUAGAUGGAAGGCUAAAUCCUGACCUUGGGAUACCUCUCCACUCUACUCCCAAAUCUCUCUGUGUCUCUCUGUCUCUGUUUCUCUCUCUCUCUCUCUCUCUCUCUCUCUCUCUCUCUCUCUCUCUCUCUCUGUUCCCUUCCUCCAUUCCCCUGCUCAUGUCCCCUUCAGCAGCCUAGUGACAGACAAAUGUGACGACAGAAUAACCCCCACAGUUACUGGGCACCCUUGACUCAGGGAAACGGGAUGUAACAAAGGGUAGGAAUUGGAGACUUGCCUUUAGGUGACAGGGAUAGAAUACACAGAGUCUAGCUAGGGUUGGUACCACACACAUGUCCAGAGAAUUGGCAGUGGAUGUCACUACCAGGCACAGCUCUUAAACUCCUAAGCUCUCUCCCACCCCCACCCCAAGCACAGGACCCCAGCCUGCAAACACCUUCUCUACCUAGAGAAACUCUCACUCCAGGAGUGUGCUUGGGGCUCCUCACCCACAACCAGCCACUUCUGACUUUGCAGUCUGCCUGUGACACUACUGUUGAUGACAGUCUAGUUCAGACAUUUAUGUGGGGUCUGCUGACACACACCAGAAUAAGAUGGCCUCGCUACAGACUGUCUUUGCUCCUCCUUACCUCUACCAGUUGGGGAGGUCUAGUCAAAUCAGUCCUCUGAGGGUGGUAGUUCCCAGCCACUCAUCCCUGAGGCCUGAGCCCUAGUUGGCCCUCCCUGGGUAACCUCACAUCAUUGUGUGUACUAAACCCCUUCCACACCAAGGGCAGGCCCGCUUUUCCCACUCCCAUCAUAGCUGAUACUCUGGUCCCAGCCACCAAGACCUUCCAGGGCUUCUGACAGGGGUAGCUACCUAUUUUUCCAGACACAAAGUCUCUGCCUGCCUCAGCAGGGAAACCUCUUAAGAGAAAUGACUCCCCAUUCCCUCUGGGUGUUGCCCACCCCCACCUGGCCCAGGAAGAGGGAAUAUGUCUGAGCUGAAGUCUCCUCCUAGUCCUUGCUCCAGCUGAGUCCUCCAGGUAAAGUCCUGGGAGACAGGUCCUCUCUGCAGUGUCUUCUGAGAAAGUUCCCAGAGUCAGUGCCACCAAAUUUGUUUCUGUGUUGUGGUUCCUGUCUGCUUGGCAUUUGAAAACCGCUUGGGCUCUACGGAUCACUUUACUGAAUGUGGUGAUCAAGAAGAAAGGGAACCCUGCAGGCAAAUGUAAGAUACUUACACUCUGUAAGAUAAAUUUCUGCCUCCGUGUUUUUGGGUUUUUUUUUCUUUGAAAAGUUGUACGUGUUCUGUACGUGAAAUCGUCUGUAGAGAGUUUCCACGUUCUUAAAUGGCAAUACAUUCCAAACCUCGUACUGUAGAUAAUGUACAGCAUCCGCACUGGAAAGGGGUAGUUUUGCCUGUGGUUUUAUUUAAACUCCAGUUUCUACACUUGUAUCUUGCAGUUGUCGGUAUGGUAUUCAUCAGUGCAAAAGAAAAACAAAAAAACAAAAAAAACUUAAACAAAAAAAAAUCUACACAGGUCUAAAGCACAGAGUCUGUUAUACAAAAGGAAAGAAUCGCUCAGUAUUGGUGUGUGUGACCCUUGUUGUAAAUCCCAUCUGUACUGUGAAUGAGACGUUUUUACAAGUAUGACAAUUACCUUUAUUACAGCUUGGGCUGAGUGUUCAGCCUGAAGAUAUUUUUUAAAAAAAAAAUAGCACGUUGGAAUAAAUUUGAAAAUUCCCAACAGA